AUGUUCACAGCGAAACAACCAGUCAAGAAACCAUUGCAACUAAAAACUGGAGCAACAAGAACCAUCAAAGGGAAUUCAAUGACCUUCCAUGGAAUAGAGUCACCUCGGGAAGACAAAAAGGGGAAGGAAAGAAGUAGUGCUGAAAUAUCACGAGAAGAGGCUGUUGAGAAGGAAGGCGAAGACUUUUCAACCUCUUCAAUAAUAGGAGACUGUCCUCACUAUAUUAAAGUGCUUGGAACGAAAAGAGUUCUUGCAGCAGGAGACUCUAUUUUUUAUAUGUGUGAUGACUCGGUCUAUUAUUCAACAGAAGAUACAUUUGAAGUGAAAAAGACCAAUUCAAUCAGUAGAAGUGCUAAACAUGUCGAAAAGGUUAAUGAUUCCCAUUUCUUCAUUUUGGAUGAUAAAUUGGAGAAAGGUGUUCAUAAAUCUUACUCCAGUGUUGAAGGAAUUAUAGGUCCAAAAUUCAUCACAAGUUAUGACAAAAGUUUGUUUGUCAUUGACAAGUACAGAGACUGUUAUGAAAUCACAAAACAUACCAAGACUGUUAUCAGGGAAAAUGUCAUCAAAAUUGCUGCUAAUGCGACUCAAAAAGGAUUUUUGUACGACAAUGGGAGGAUAGAAGUGACUGACAAAUCAAUCAAACCAAAAACGAAUAACAUUGAUGUUAUCGCUGGCAAAAGGGAGAUAUGGGGAUUCAAGCAAGAUGGUACAAUAGAAAGUAUGAGUGGCAUUGUGGUUAAUGAUCACAAGAUGUUGAGGUUAUAUUCAGGGUAUGAAGAAAUGGUAGGAGUUGAUGAAAACGACAAUUUAUGUAAUUUGAGAUAUUUGAAUAAGAUUCAGUGUAAAUGGGAAGUACUUGGAAAGUGUGAUGGAAGUGAAGUUGUGACUGGAAAAGGGUUUGUCAUACUUGGAGAAAAGAAAUGCAGUAACUUGUUUGUACCUUUCAUUUUACAAGUGAGAAAAUUUAUUGCACAAGCGGAAGUAUUCUUGUUGAACUACAAGGAGAACAAAGAGGAGGAGAAAAUGACCAAAGAAGAAAAGAGAGCCGCAAGAAAGUCGUUGAUUAUUGACGAACACACUGAAGUGCAAAAUAAUGUACAAAUUGCUUUGAGUGAAUACAAAACAAUGUUAAAUGUUAUAGACACUGAAUUGUUAAAAUUACACGUGUAUUUGACACAGCUUCACACUCAAUAUUCUGAGCUCUCACAAAUAUUCGAAACAAUUACAACAUUUUUCAACGCGACUACUAAAGCGUUUAUUGCACUUUCAAAAACUUUUGUAAAAAUACAACAAAUUAUGCAAGUGUGUUAUCAAACACUUCCAAACAAUUUUAAACAAUUUGAAGAAAAAAUUACACCUUUGAAUGCUAAGAACUUAUUUGAUAGAAGAACGGACAUUCUGACUGUUCUUUUCUCACCAUUUAAAUUCCUUUCUGAAUCAGCAAACUUCUUUUUGAACUUAAAAACAGACUUUUCUCCGUCUACUUUAGAAUCAAUAUUGAACAAAAGCACUCUGCAAAAUGUUUGCAAUUUACUUGAAAAGGUUAAUGAACGAAUGAAAUUUGGACUGAUUUACACUUGGAAUUCUUGGCAUGCAAACGAAAAGGGGAGAAUGGUAAUGAGUACAGGUACUUUUGAGAAUAUUAUUGAAAUGGUUCAAAGUGAUCUUUCCUUUGAACCAGAAUUCAAAGAUGUUUUUAUCAACACCAUUACUUUGUAUUUCCCAACACAUACAAUUCUCCAAAGAUUGUUUAAAAAGAAGGGGAAGAAACUAAACAAGAAUUCACAAAAGAAAGUACUUGAGCUUAUUAAAAGGUGGAUAGAGACAUCACCUGAAGAUUUUGAAAAACUUGAUGAACAUAAAGAGUUAGUUAAAGAACUGUUCACACCAAAUGAGAAUGAUACAAAUGAAGACCUGAAAAAAGAGAUAGAAGUGUUAAUAGACAAGUGCAUUCAAAGAAAGGAAGACAGAGCUCAUGAAAAAAGUCCAAUUGAAAAUACUUUUGAAAUUAAUGACAUCUUUGUUUUUGGAGAGAAUACAUUCUUUGCAGAAAUAAUGAACUAUGUCCACAAAUCUAUAUUUAAUAAAAUUAGUGAGCAUGAGAUAGUACAUUUUUUCAAGAAAGAAAACACUCCAAACAUCAAACAAAUCACAACUUCAUUCAAUUGGCUAUCAGAAAUGUUAUCAAAGAUGAUUAAUGGGUCACCUUUGAGUAUACAAACUGCUUUCUUGAAUUUUGUCAUUCAACUUGCUGAGACAUUUUACCAAUCUAAAAAUUACUUUGGGUUGUGUGCCAUUGUGUUUGCAUUCCACAAAAUUGGAGACUUCGAGUAUAUGAAAACAAAUCUUUCAAAGGAAACACAAGAUUCGAUAGAGAGGUUUGAAAAACUUUGUUCGUUUGAAGAUAACUACAAAAACUUGAGAAACCAAACAAUUAACUCCGUCCCACCAAUUGUACCAUUUGGAGGAAUUAUGACAAAGGACUUUCUUGUGACAGAUGAAAUAUAUGCCUCAUUUAUCAAGCAGACUGGACAAUACAACAUUAACAAGUUGAGAACCAUACACAAAAUAGCGCAACAAUACAAGAACUAUCAAGACAAAGACCCUGUAGUUCCAAAAGAAGUGAACAAAAACUUAUUCAAACGGAUUAAAGAAGCACAUGGAUUAUUUGAUUAA